CUGUGGCGGCGGCGGCGGUUGCUGCGGCAAAGAGGCCUUUCCCACCUCCCGCCAUGGAGGACCCGGAGAGGGAGGCCAAAGCCUCGGAGCUGCAGCGCCUGGUGGCCGUCGAGGAGCAGCGGGCCCGCCUCACCGCCCAGGUUCACAACUUCAUGGAGGUCUGCUGGGAUAAAUGUGUCGACAAGCCAGGUUCCAAGCUGGAUUCCAGAACAGAAACUUGCCUUGCCAACUGUGUCAACAGCUUCAUAGACACCACACUGUCCAUCACCAAUCGCUUUGCACAAAUACUACAGAAAGGAGGCCACUGACUGCCCCACAAAGGUCCACUUUGGUCAAUAGGCUUAACAGUACCCAGCCUUUUGUCCCUCCUCAGGGCAGAAAUGCUUGAAGAGCCAUUCAUGCAAGACUGUCUGUUCCCAAGUGGCAUUAGACCAGGUCAUGUAGAACCAGAUCUUGGCUACAUGCAGGCUAAUA